UGACAUGCCUUAAUCUACUACUGAGCCAAAUUCUGAACGGACUCAAAGCUGUCAAAUCGGAUAACUGGAUAACCUCAAAUUGUGGACGCCGUAUUUGUUUUUGUUCUAGCGUAAAUAAAGUUUACGAUGGCCACUAAAGAAGGAGGGGACAAAAAUAAGUCCAGCCAAGGCGCGGGAGAUAGCAAAGAAAAACGAAGGAAGGAAUCUAUUCUAGACCUUAGCAAAUACCUGGAGAAGAGCAUUCGUGUGAAAUUCGCCGGCGGAAGGGAAGCAGCAGGCAUCUUAAAGGGCUACGAUCCUUUACUGAAUCUUGUACUGGAUAACACUACAGAGUACUUGAGAGAUCCAGAUGACCCCUACAAGUUACUAGAGGACACAAGAGCUUUAGGUCUAGUAGUGUGCCGAGGAACCUCAGUCGUGCUCAUCUGCCCAAUGGAUGGUAUGGAAGCCAUCCCCAACCCUUUCAUCACCCAGGAAGGCUAGUGUCGUGUGAUCAUGUGAUGACUUUGUUAAAAUUACCUACAUUCUUACAAAAUAAGUGUAUAUUAAGUAAAUACUAAGAAUAAGCAGA